GGCCGGCGGCGCGGUGGUGGUUUAGACGCUCUCCGGCCGCGCGGCGCGUGUACCGGCGGGGGCGUGGCGGCGGGAAGGACGAGGACGGCGCGGCCGGCGCUCGGGGUCUCCCGGAGCCGCGUCUUCCCGGGAGCCGCGCCCUGUGGGCACCGUAGGGGAAACGGAGCGGCGGCAGGAGCCGCCCAGGGCCGGGGGUCGGUCAGGCUCGUGGCUGAAGGUCCUCCUCAUCUUGUUCCGCACGCGCUGGAAGUGAAACCCCUGCUUUCAUCCCGCGUGGGGUCUUCCACGCCCCUCAUUUGCUCUCGAUCCUGAGACAUCUCUCCUUCCUAGGAGGCCAUGGAUACCUCGACGCCUUUGCCUCCGGUCCCCCCGUCCCCGAUCUGCAACCCAGCGCCACGGACCAUCCAGAUAGACUUCCCUCAACAUAGCUCGUUGCUGCUGGAAGCCCUGAACCGUCACAGGCUAGAGGGAAAGUUCUGUGAUGUGUCGCUCCUGGUGCAGGGCCGGGAGCUUAGGGCUCACAAAGCAGUGCUGGCUGCUGCCUCUCCUUACUUCCAUGACAAACUUCUUCUGGGGGACGCGCCACGGCUCACUCUGCCCAGCAUCAUUGAAGCUGAUGCCUUCGAGGGGCUGCUCCAGCUCAUUUAUUCAGGGCGCCUCCGCCUGCCGCUGGAUGCGCUCCCUGCCCACCUCCUUGUGGCCAGUGGCCUCCAGAUGUGGCAAGUAGUAGAUCAGUGCUCAGAGAUCCUGAGAGAAUUAGACACCUCAGGUGGUGGAAUGUCAGCCCGUGGAGCGACCCCUUGUCACACACUUCUUUCCACCACGUCCUCUACGGGAGGUUGGUGCAUUCACUCUUCCUCUUUCCAGACUCCAGUGCAGUCUUCUGCUUCUACCGAGAGCCCCUUUGGAGGGGAGGGGAGUGAACUGGGAGAGGUGCUACAGAUUCAGGUUGAGGAAGAGGAGGAAGAGGAGGAGGAAGAAGAUGAUGAAGACCAGGGGUCAGCAACACUCUCUCAGACUCCUCAGCCUCCGAGAGUAUCAUGGAUUCCCCGCACUCAUGGAUCCCACCCACUGCCCAUGUCCACCGUUCCCUGUAGGCUUCCGGAGGAUGGGAGUGCACCAGCUGAACCUCCUGCCCCUCUAACCACACUGCACCCCAAAAUCUUCUACGUUAAGCAGGAACCUUUUGAGCCUAAGGAGGAGAUAUCAGGAGGUGGGACUCAGUCUGGAGGAGUAAAGGAGGAGACCAAAGUGGUUCCUGGAGGGGACGCUGAAGGGACUAGAGAGCUGGGGUUCUUGCUUCCCUCAGGAGCAGGGGCAGCAUCUGGGGAAGGGGGUCCAUCCUGGAAACCCGUGGAUCUUCAUGGGAAUGAGAUCCUGUCAGGCGGUGGGGGACCUGGGGGUGCAGGGCAGGCUGUGCAUGGGCCUGUGAAGCUAGGUGGGGCACCCCCUGAAGAUGGAAAACGCUUUGGUUGCUUGUGUGGGAAGCGGUUUGCAGUGAAGCCAAAGCGUGACCGGCACAUCAUGCUGACCUUCAGCCUUCGGCCCUUUGGCUGUGGCAUCUGCAACAAGCGCUUCAAGCUGAAGCACCACCUGACGGAGCAUAUGAAGACCCAUGCUGGAGCCCUGCAUGCCUGUCCCCACUGUGGUCGUCGGUUCCGAGUCCAUGCCUGUUUCCUUCGCCACCAGGACCUAUGCAAGGGCCAGGGCUGGGCCACUGCUCACUGGACUUACAAGUGACCACUGAGGCCAUACACUAACUUCCAGGACGAGAGCUACUGCUGCUGAUGACGCUUACCCCUCACUACCGUGACACCCCAGUCCUGGAUCUUGUAAUCAUGCCAAAAGGAGAGAUACAUUAUGGACUCUUGUUCUUGGGUGUGGGCCUCAACCUGGCAGAUUUGGAAACUCAGAUUUUUCAUCCCACUCCAGGUUUUGACUAAUCACCCUUAGCCAAGUGGUUUACAGGCCAUAUGUAAAUUGGUCACUUGCCCACAAUAGACCUGCUUUUCAUACAGGAAACCAGAUUGCACAUUAGAAGUUUAUCUGAAGAGAGAAAAGUUAGAACAAGAAGACAAAAUGAUAAAUGUUUCAUUCAGUCUCCAUGAGGAGUAAAAGGGGCUGGUCUCCACCUAGGGGUAUGUUUGAUUCAGAGCUUUAGUAAUUCAGAGGCUAAGCUCUAAGUUUCCUUUCCCUCAUCAUAGGGGAAAUGUGAACAAAAUUCUUUUUUUUUUUCUAACAGGACUUUAUUGGGGAACAGUGUGUACUUCCAGGACUUUUUUCCAAGUCAAGUUGUCCUUUUGGUCUUAGUUGUGGAGGGCG